AUGGCAAUAUCAUCAAGAAGUACAAGAUUAGCAAAUAAAAAAGAAAACCUAGAACUAAUAACCCACCAUUCGCAAAAAUCAGACGAGAAAACAAAAAAUAAAGAAUUGGAAAAGAAAGGCUGGAAAGAAAUGCAUAACAUAGGGACAGAACUAUAUGGUAGCAUAGCAAAAGCCACAACAACAUCUAGCGCUAAAGCACAAAUAACGGAUGACGCACUAAAAAUGAUGAGUAUAAUAUACGAAAUGAGUGGAAGACUUAAAAUGCUAGACGAAGAAGGAAAUAAAACAAAGGAACAAUAUAAACAUUUACUAGGAAGCUCUGAAAAAAUACAAAUAAUGGAUUGCACAAAAAUAGAGGAACUCCUUAAGAAAUGUUUAAAUGAGUCAGUAGAAACAAGUCAAGGAAUUAAAGCCGAAGUACAGGAUAUAUUGUUUGACAUGAUGAAACAAGUGGUAAUUGGAAAAGAGAAAGGGGAGCGAAUAGAGACACAGCAAAUAGAAGCGAAACAACAACUGGAAGAUAUAAAAAUGGAAAUAAAGCAAAUAAAUAGCAAAAAGAAGGAGGAAGAGGAGAAAAAGAAGGAAGAAAAAAUGGAUAAAAUACUGGAAGAGAUGAAAAUAAUGACAAAAAGAAUGACAGAGAUAAAUAAAGAAAGGAAAGGAAUAAAUAAAACAGAAUAUGAAGAGAUAAUAAAUACGUAUAAAGAAAAACAGAAAGCGGAUAUAAAAUUAAAAGAACAAAUGGAUAAAAUUAGAAAAGCAACAGAAGAGAUAAAGGAGGAUAAUAAAAAGGGUAAAGAAAUAAUGGAAGAAAUUAAAAACACGCAAAAAGAGUACAUAAAAACACCACAAGGAAGGGAAACGGAAACAAAAAGGAAAAACUAUACAUACGCGGAAAGAGUAAAGGAAGGAAUAAAGGAACAACCUCGCGCCACUUAUCACUCAAUAAUAGUUAACUCGACAGAUGAAAAUAAGACUGGAGAGGAAGUGUUUAGUGAAAUUAGAAAAACAGCAGAGGGUAAAGAGGAAUGGUGCGAGGUAGUCAAAGUAAAGAAGGCAAAGGAUAGAAAAGUAAUCAUUAGCUGCACAAAAGAGGAAGAAGUAAAGAAACUAAAACAAACAUUAGAAGUAAAUAAUAAAUUACAAAUAGAAAAGGCAAGGAAUAAAAAUCCGCUAAUAAUAGUUAGAAAUGUUAAAGGAGAAAACAAAACAGAGCAAGCAAUAGAGGCAAUAAGAAGAAAAAUAGAAAAGAUAGGAAAAAGGGGGUUGGAACAAAAGGAGGAGAUAGAAAAAGCAUAUGAAAAAAAGACUAAAAAUCCGCACGUAGCCAAUGUGGUUCUCCGAGUGGAUCCACUCACAUGGCAGCAGUUGACAGAGGCGGGGAGUGUACAACUACGAUGGGGUUAUUCCAUCGUGGAGGAUCAGUCCCCGCUUAUCCAAUGCUCCCGCUGUUUGGGCUACGGCCACAGCAAACGGUUUUGCAAGGAGCAGCUGGACAGGUGCUGCCAUUGUGGAGAAGACCACCUAUAUGCUGCGUGCAAAAACAAAGAUAUCCCCCCGAAAUGUCGUAACUGUAUGAAGGACGCAAAUAAUAAAGGAGAACUAAACCAUAAUGCAUUUAGCAACAUCUGCCCCAUAAGAUUAAGAAUGGACAAGUUAGCUAGAACCAAAACUUCAUACUGCUAA